AAUUUAUCCUGUAUUAGUUCCAAAGAGUUGGAACUGUUUCAGCCAUGACGAGCUCACGAUCUUUGCCCGAACUGGGGCACAUUAUCCAGUCCCGAGCGAAUACAAUAGCAGAUUGGCAUCGUGCAGAAAACGAGCCGCAGCCCUCACUGUCUGCUGGAUUUUCAAUGCAGACGCACGAAUAUACCAAGCACAUCGAGGAGUGUCGUGCAGAACUCCUUGAAGCUUUGGAUGAGAUGCGGGCGCUGGUCCUCGGCCCAACCUCAUUCCUUUUCUUCACCUCUGUGAUCAGUCCGGUUUGGACAGCAGUGUUCAACGUGCUGUACCGAUUCAAGGUAGCGGAGCACGUGCCAACAGAAAGCGGGAUAUCAUAUGUCGAACUGUCGGAGCGCUGUGGCUUGAUCGAGUCUGACUUGAGGCGUAUCCUACGAGCAGCAAUGUCAAUGCGAGUUUUUGAAGAGAACCCUGCAGGAGUUGUGAGACAUACUGCUAUAUCUACAGCCCUUGCAACCCCUUUAUGCCACGAUGCAAUAGGCUUCUCAACUGAGGAAUACGCCCCAGCAGUGACGAAGUUCCCCGAGGCACUCCAACGGUUCCCAGGCUCUGUUAAGGCCGGAGAGUCUGCGCUUGCCUUGACCAAUGGAAGUUCUGGCGACACGGAUAUAUUCUCAGUUGUAUCACAUCACCCCGACCGGUACCAGAGAUUCACUAAUGCCAUGUCUUGGGUUACCACAGUUCCAGAGACUUCCGCCCAUCAUUUCGUGAACAAUGUGCCGUGGGCACACAUGCAAAACUCUACCACACGGGGAUGCCCUCAGGUUAUAGUAGAUAUUGGUGGCUCCCGUGGCGACUUGUGCGCAGCCCUUUUGAGGCGCUACCCGGAUAUCAAAAGGGCAGUUGUUGAGGAUUUGCCAGAAGUCACGAGAGCCGAUACCGAAGCAUUGAUCUCGUCUGAACUCGCUGGCCGUAUCGAGUAUCAGGAAUAUGACUUUUUCACCGAGCAGGUCGUUAAAGAUGCCGACGUAUAUAUCUUUAGGACUGUCCUCCACGAUUGGCCGGACGAUUACGCCAUCAGAAUCCUUAAAAACCAGAUUCCUGCAAUGAAAAAAGGAGCUCGGAUACUGAUCAAUGACAUUUGUAUGGAUGUUUCGCAGACCGUGAGCUCGCUUACAAUUCAGGCACAAUGUGCUCACGACUUGAUGGUGAAAAUGGGGUUGAAUGCAAAGGAGAGAACAAGGGAGGAGUGGUCCGAGCUUCUAUCGAGAGCUGAUGAACGAUUCAGUAUCGAAUCCAUCGUCUCGCCUCCUUAUUCGGUUCAUUCCAUCAUUGAGAUUGUCUGGCGAGACAGUUUAGUAUCAACAACAACAUGAGGUUUGACUUUGGUAGGUAUAUGUGAGAACUGGUAUUAGAAUUGCGUAAGAUAUUUGUUGUAAUAGUCGAAAAUGGUCAAGGGAGAUUAGAAGAAGCUACGCAACCGGUCGUGGAACAUUCUAAUCCUUUUACAACGUCCCUACAUAGGUAGAUAAUGCAAUCAUACCUAAUACCACCCAA